AUGCAGUCUGAGGACAGGUCACAAUUUGGGUUCGCAGCAAAAAUGCUUUCAGAACAGACGGCAGCCCUAGGGACAGGAUGGGAGUCUAUGAAUGUCCAGCUGGAUGGAGCACAGCCCCAGAUGGAGAGGAGAAGCCACGAGGAGGGGCCAUGGAGAAUGGCACCAGGGCCACUGGAACACCUGUGCUGUGACCUUGAAGAAGAGCCACAGUCCCUUCAGGAAAAGGCUCAGUCGGCUCCCUGGGUUCCUGCCGUUCCCCAGGAGGGGAGCACCGGAGACUGGGAGAUGGCAGCGGCACUGCUUGCAGCCGGAUCACAGGGCCUGGUCACCAUCAAGGAUGUGUCACUGUGCUUCUCUCAGGAGGAGUGGCGGAGCCUGGACCCUUCUCAGACAGACUUUUAUGGAGAAUAUGUCAUGCAAGAAAACUGUGGGAUAGUGGUCUCUCUAAGAUUUCCAAUUCCUAAGCUGGACAUGCUUUCUCAACUAGAAGGAGGGGAAGAACAAUGGGUCCCUGACCCACAGGACCUAGAGGACAGGGACAUCCUGAGGGUAACAUAUACAGGAGAUGGAAGUGAGCACGAGGGGGACACCCCUGAACUAGAAGCAGAACCGCCCAGGAUGUUCUCCAGUGUAUCUGAAGAGACUGCUCUCUGGAACCCGGAGCAGGAGGAGCGCUGGGAGUCCAUGCCCAGAAGCUCCAGAGGAAUGCUCCUGGGCCCACCGUUUCUUCAGGAAGAUAGCUUCUCAAAUCUUCUGUGUAGCACAGAGAUGGACUCACUGCUGAGACCGCACACAUGCCCCCAGUGUGGGAAACAGUUUGUGUGGGGCUCCCACCUUGCCAGGCAUCAGCAAACGCACACCGGGGAAAGGCCCUAUAGCUGCCUCAAGUGUGAAAAGAGCUUUGGGCGAAGACACCACCUGAUCCGGCACCAGAAAACCCACAUGCAUGACAAGCCCAGCAGGUGCUCUGAGUGUGGCAAGAGUUUCCGAUGCAGCUCCCAUCUGGCCAGCCACCAGAGGAUGCAUGCGGAAGGCAGGUCCUGCAAAGGCCAAGAAGCUGGAGAGAGCCCUGGGGCGAGGAGACGGCAGCACACCCCACCGGUGCCCAAGAGCCACGUGUGCACCGAGUGUGGGAAGAGCUUUGGCCGACGGCACCACCUGGUGAGACACUGGCUGACCCAUACUGGGGAGAAGCCCUUCCAGUGCCCUCGCUGUGAGAAGAGCUUUGGCCGGAAACAUCACCUGGACAGGCACCUGCUAACCCACCAGGGACAGAGUCUCAGGAGCAGCUGGGACAGAGGGACAUCUGUCUUCUGA